CGUCCGUUUCCGCCUUGUUUGCUAUACCAGUCUCCUGCUCUUCUCCAUCUCCAUCUCUCUGCUUCUCUUGAAACGCCUUUGUAUUUUGGGGGUUCUUUUCUCAGUACCGGGAAGCAGGAGAACAGUGAGAAGAGAAGAGCCGGGAAGCAGGAGAACAGUGAGAAGAGGAAAGGGGGGCGAACAUCGAAGAUGAAGAGAGUUUUCACAAGGGCAUUACUGCGAAAAGAUUUCUGUUCGAGGCGUCAUUGCUUCUCUCAGUUGGCCAGAAGCGAAGCGACUCUUGAGGAAAGCGUCGAUGUUCUCCCCAAACUGCCCCCCUUCGAUUACACUCCUCCUCCGUAUACCGGACCACGAGCGGCCGAGAUCUUGCAGAAGAGGAAGGAGUAUCUCAGCCCUUCCAUGUUUUACUUCUAUAAGAAACCUUUGAACGUGGUAGAUGGGAAGAUGCAAUACUUGUUCGAUGAGGACGGCCGUCGAUACCUUGACGGAUUCGGGGGGAUCGCUACCGUAUGCUGCGGGCACUGCCACCCCGAUGUGGUUGAAGCGAUUGUGAACCAGACGAAGCGCUUACAGCACUCUACCGUCUUGUAUCUAAACAACGCAAUAGCAGACUUUGCCGAGGCUCUCGCGUCAAAAUUGCCGGGAGAUCUGAAGGUUGUUUUCUUCACGAAUUCUGGGACUGAAGCAAACGAACUGGCGAUGAUGAUCGCGCGAUUGUACACCAGUUGCCAUGAUAUUAUAUCUCUCAGGAACGCAUACCAUGGCAAUGCUGCUGGGACGAUGGGAGCUACUGCACAAUGUAACUGGAAAUUCAAUGUCCCUCAAAUUGGUGUUCACCAUGCUUUGAACCCAGAUCCGUACAGGGGUGUCUUUGGUUCAGAUGGAGAAAAAUAUGCAAGGGAUGUUCAAGAUAUACUGGAGUUUGGGACAUGCGGCCGUGUUGCUGGUUUCAUUUCUGAAGCCAUACAGGGUGUGGGUGGAAUUUUGGAACUGGCACCAGGUUACUUGCCUGCCGUGUACAGCAGCAUAAGGAAAGCUGGGGGUCUUUGUAUUGCUGAUGAGGUCCAGACGGGUUUUGCUCGCGCAGGAAGUCAUUUUUGGGGAUUUGAAGCCCAUGGAGUUGUGCCUGACAUAGUGACAAUGGCCAAGGGCAUUGGAAACGGUAUUCCCAUUGGCGCGGUGGUAACCACUCCUGAGAUUGCACAGGUCCUGACUCACCGCAGUUACUUUAAUACCUUUGGUGGGAAUCCCGUAUGUACUGCUGGAGGGCUUGCCGUUCUGAAAGUGAUUGAGAAAGAGAAGCUUCAGCAGAAUGCAUUUUUAGUGGGGUCUCAUCUGAAAGAGCGCCUUACAGCCCUCAAGGACAAGUAUGAAAUUAUUGGUGAUGUAAGGGGAAGGGGUUUGAUGCUUGGAGUUGAACUAGUCAAAGAUCGCAAAUUGAAAACUCCAGCAAAGGAUGAAACUUUGCAUGUCAUGGACCAGAUGAAAGAGAUGGGAGUGCUGAUUGGAAAAGGCGGGUUCUAUGGCAAUGUGUUCAGAAUUACACCUCCCCUCUGCUUCACCAAGGAGGAUGCAGAUUUCCUUGUGGAUGUGAUGGACUACACAAUGUCGAAGAUGUGAAGGGUUGCUGUUGUGGUGUAUAAUGGGUCAUCUGCAUAUCUUCUUGCCCGUUAAUCUAUUUAUGUACAUGUUUUUCCAAUGCAAAUUAUUAAUAUAUGUCGAUAUGAUGGAAUGCUUAAAUAUCUAGCAAGGAGAUGAUGAGACACCACCUCGUUGUCUCUCUCUCUCUCUCUCCCUCGCCUGUUCGCUCCUAUUGAUAUCAAGUGCAUAUGCAUUAUUUGCAUUGGAGACUGUACACUACUAUUCGUUGGCUUAGAAUAAAUUUAAAUGAGCAGAGUGCCCCCUUACAAGGUCUUUGCAUA